CCUUGACUUCCUGUCCUAGGGAAGGGGCUGCCUGGAGGGGCCAGAACAGAGGAAGUAGAGCCCUUUUUCUCCCAAGGACUCAGUUUUUUUCAGAAGCAACAUGUCAGAGGGGGUGGGCACAUUCCGCAUGGUUCCAGAAGAGGAACAGCAGCUCCACUGCCAGAUGGAGAGGCUCACAACCAAGGACCAUGGGCCUGUCUUUGGCCAGUGUAACCAGCUGCCCCGACAUACCUUGCAGAAGGCCAAGGACGAGCUGAACGAGCGAGAGGAGACUCGAUCAGGUGUGGUGCGAGAACUGCAGGAGCUGGUGCAGGAGCAGGCGGCUGCUGGGGAGGAGCUGGCCCAGGCAGUGGCCGAGAGGGUACAGGGGAGGGACAGCUCCUUCUUCCUGCGCUUCAUCCGUGCGCGCAAGUUCAACGUGAGGCGCGCAUACGAGCUGCUCAGAGGCUAUGUACACUUCCGGCUGCAGUAUCCCGAGCUCUUUGACAAUCUGUCCUUGGAGGCUGUCCGCUGCACCAUUGAGGCCGGCUACCCUGGUGUCCUCUCCAGUCGGGACAAGUAUGGCCGAGUGGUCAUGCUCUUCAACAUUGAGAACUGGGACUGUGAGGAAAUCACCUUUGAUGAGAUCUUGCAGGCAUAUUGCUUCAUCCUGGAGAAACUAUUGGAGAAUGAGGAAACCCAAAUUAAUGGCUUCUGCAUCAUUGAGAAUUUCAAGGGCUUUACCAUGCAGCAGGCGGCUGGGCUCCGGCCUUCGGAUCUCAGGAAGAUGGUGGACAUGCUCCAGGACUCAUUCCCAGCCCGGUUCAAAGCCAUCCACUUCAUCCACCAGCCAUGGUACUUCACCACAACGUAUAAUGUAGUCAAGCCCUUCUUGAAGAGCAAGCUGCUCCAGAGGGUCUUUGUCCACGGAGAUGACCUCACUGACUUCUUCCGGGAGAUUGAUGAGGACAUCCUGCCUGCUGACUUUGGGGGCUCACUGCCCAAGUAUGAUGGCAAGGUCACUGCUGAGCACCUUUUUGGCCCCCAGGCUCAAGCUGAGGACACAGCUUUCUGAGGAUAUUUCCUGCCAUCUGAGCUGUAGUUAACAUUCCUGGCCUCUCCUCAGCUGUCCUGGACCUGGGAGAGUCUGGGAAAAAAGCUGCAUAAAAGGACUGUGGUCCCCCUAAACCUUCCUAAGCUUGAAUAAACUCAGGUGUCACCACCUUCCCAGGUUGAAGGGCAAUAAAGAAGGG